AUGUUUUUAAAUCGCUGCACAGACGAGGAGCAUGUUCCUUCAGCGUGGAAGCAGCAACAACACAGGCAAGACGGGGCGCUAGCGCCUCCCAGCGGAGUGGAUGACUGCGACCCGACGAUGGCGGAUGAGACGGAGGAUGUGGAGCUGAACGAGCAGGAGAGGACGCGAGGAGGCGCAGUCAUGAUGAGACACCCGGUGGCCUCCUUCUUCCACCUGUUCUUCCGGGUGCUUGCCAUCGUGGCCUAUCUGCUCUGUGACUGGAUCAGCAAGAACUUUGCCUCGUGUUUCGUCCUGAUCAUAACUCUGCUUUCUUUUGACUUCUGGUCCGUCAAGAAUGUGACUGGCAGGUUGCUGGUGGGCCUGCGCUGGUGGAAUCAGAUCGACGAGGAUGGAAGGAGCCUCUGGGUGUUUGAGGCCAAAAAAACCUCCCGGGGAAACAACACUGGGACCGAGAUAGAGGAGAGGAUAUUCUGGCUGGGUUUAAUCAUCUGUCCUCUCAUCUGGACGGUGUUCUUCUUCACCUGCCUGUUCUCCCUGAAGAUGAAGUGGCUGUAUCUGAUCGUGGCUAGCAUUUCCCUCCAAGCGGCCAACCUCUAUGGUUUUCUACGCUGCAAGGCGGUGGGACAAGAUGGCCGGCCUCCAGACUCCCGCUCUUUCACGGGACGGCACCUCCUGCAGCGCCCAGACCUCAUCUUCGGGAUACUAUGA